AGAAUAUCCAACCACAAUGUAUAUAAUAUUGUUUGUUCUUUCCAGCAUGUCUCGGUCCCUUCACCUGAAGUCCUUUCUAGCCAAGCUGCUUUCUGAGCUGAACCGAGCGUAGGGAGGCAUUCUGGUUUGAAAGCCGUGAUGUUGCGAUCAGGUGUGCCUCUACCAAGUGUAUUCAAGUUGGAUGUUGGAUGGCAGUUCAGGUCUUUGGUGCUGAGCGCUUCGCAGUUUCAGCACAUUCUGAAUGAUGCCGGGCGGACCAGUGAGGUCUUUAUGCAUCAUUCGGGGCAUGCAUUGUCCUUGUUGUCCGGGACGCGUCGUGGGAUGAUCCUGCAAGACUUUUGCCGAAAGGAGCUGGCACGGCUACAUCCACACAGUAAAAUCGAGGAGCCUCUCCGAAGCACUUGUUGCAACGGGGCUCGAAGGUCCGCUUCACAGGCGGAGUAUGACUUUGGUAUGGAUGCCCGCAAGGUGAAAUGCAGAAGUGCACAGAUGUCAUGGAACAGGGCUAUGAUGCGUUGGCGCGUUCUUUUUCCCAAAGUCAAGCUGCCGCGGUCAGGUUUUUGGGAUGAGGCUGCAUUUGAUGAUUUGUAUCUCACAGCCCAGAUAGCUUGCACAUCAUCAAGCAUGACCUUCAGACUGGAGUCUCCACAGUGGGCAAGCAAACAGACAGCCAUGGUCAUCAGAUUUCCGUUCAAGGCACGCGGGGUCAAGAAUGUUGGCAAACAGCACGGUAUCAGAUCCUGAACAGGUUCCUGACAAAAGGUUGCGAACUUGUGUCUUCGGUAGAUUUGUCAGCAGUUGAAGUCAACAAGUGGCUGACACGGCAAAUGGAAGGGCUGACAACCCUACAGGACCACGCGUACGAGGGGGUGCCUUUGCACCAUAUGGUGCAACAGCUACGUGGCUUGCGGAUUGAAGGGAUAGCAUUUGAAGUGGAUCAAAUCCUGCAUCCCAAUUGUUCAUUUUCACGCUCUUGUUCGGAAGUAGACUGGGUUCGUGGAGUGGUGAGAGUGGAAAUCAAGAGCGGGCAAAUGCGUUACAACCAAGUGCGUACGUGUUGGCGAUGUUCUUUCCAAAACAUCAAGGGUGCAUGCCAAGCUGCUCGUUGAUGACCUGGGCACACCGCCCACAUGGCGUCCGUACUCGUGGAAAAAAAACCAAGCUGCUCGUGAUCACGACCUGUUUGAUGAGCUGUGGCUUGCCAUCUACAGUCCACUCGGCAUUCACAUUUUGAAGCAUCCUGGUGGCCAAGUCCGUUUCAGCAUAACAGGUUUGAAUCAGCAGGUUUUUGGGCAACAGAUAAUCGUCUAUUCCAGCCGCAAUGUGCUUGACGUCAGGCAGGCCCUUGACGAAAUGCUCAAGAAAAUGGAGGAAUGGGACUGCCAGCCUCUUGCAACAAUUCUUUGGUGAUUCACGGUUGCUCGUAUAAGAUGCCCUUUGUCUUCCUGCAGCAGCGAUGCUCGAGCCGAGCCUUUUUUUCUCAUGAUCUCGAUGAGUCCUUCAGCAGCGAAAGGUAAGUUCUCAAGGCCAUUGUUCCUCUACGCGGUAAUCAUAGUGACAGCUGCUGGACGUCAAUGCGGAAACACUGCGCUGAGUGCAUGGCAUCCUGCCCAAUCGGAACGCUGCCCAUAGAUGUCAGAAGAUAGAUCAUUCACCCCCCCUUUUGCCCACCAGUUGUUGACCCUGUGC